AUGGGGCACUUCAACCAAGGUUCCUCAAAAUCUCGUCAGGAGGUCGUCUUUAAGUAUGUCGACUUGGCAAUGUCGAAUGUGGCCCUUCCUCGAUGCCGAUAUUCCUUGAGAAUCUUCACACACACACACACACAGUCGCACAGCCACCUAGAAACAAACCCUCCGCCCGGAGCCGACUGCCGUCCGGUGACGGUCGCCGCCCUAGUCAUCCCCUCUUUCCAUAAAUCCGAUGGUCAAGGCUUUUUGCUGCUCCCCGACGACGAUGACAGCGCGAACACUUCGGAUCGUCUAGUGCAGCGGCGCGCGACAGUGGGUGUGGUGCUCGUCGGCGAACUCGGCCACUUAGGAAUUUUUUUAUGGAUGGUCGUCGGCGGCAGGGUGAGGUUGUCGGCGUCCGGGAGGUGGGAGAGGAGGUGGGCAAGGAAGAAGAUGGCCGCCGGAAUAUCCAGAGUAGCGGCGUGCAGCGGAGGAGGGGCCGUGGUGGAAUUUAACCUGCAGAUCGGCCACGUCCGACAGCGCGACCGGACAUCGUGGAGGUACACCGGCGCCGGAGCCUUCAGACGGGAAAUUGUCGCCUGA